AUGAAUUCGGCCAAACCUGAGUCGGACCUGGCUCGUGCAGCCCGCUACGCUGUUCCUUUUAUUCUGGUGCUGAUUCCCAUCUGGAUGUCCCGAAUCAAUGCGGUUGUUCCAGAACCUUACUUAGACGAGGUUUUCCAUGUUCCCCAGGCUCAGGCGUAUUGGCGUCACAGGUGGACGCACUGGGAUCCCAAGAUCACGACUCCUCCUGGCUUGUAUCUGUGGUCUUAUGUUCUCUGCGCUGGGAUUCUGGCCCUCCGAGGCUCCCCCAUGGAGCUCGACCCUGAAGCUCUGCGGUCGACCAAUGUGGUGGCCGGUGCUGUCGUCUUACCUUUGAGACUGCAAACGCUGCUGGAUACUCUGCGGAAGCAACGUAAUACACGACCCGCGGGCGCAUGGCUGAGCCAUACCGUUUUGAACAUCUGUCUCUUCCCGCCGUUGUUCUUCUUCUGCGGUCUGUAUUAUACUGACGUUCUUGCUCUCCUGGCGGUAAUUGAAGUCUACAACUGGGACUUGAAGCGCUCGUCGACGAUUACAACUAUUCUAAGUCGGCAUAUCGUGUUUCUCGUGCUAGGGUUAGUGGCGUUGACUUUCAGACAAACCAACAUUUUCUGGGUGUCGGUAUUCCUGGGCGGACUGCAGGUGGUCCGGGCAUUGAACAGGUCCGUUAGUAAUGCCGGGAAAGGAUCGAAGAAAGAACUGUAUGAUCCCUUAGUGUCGGAGGCUUCUUUUACGGACUAUUUCCGAACCUCCUUUUUCCUCGCCAGUGCGGCUCUGGGCAAUUUGGGCGCGGUUUUUCUGGCGGUGAUCCCGUAUCUUGUCAUACUUGCAGCCUUCGGUGGAUUUGUGGUGUGGAAUAAUGGGGUUGUCUUGGGACAUAAAGAGUUCCACUCUGCAGAAUUACACUUGGCGCAGAUGCUCUAUAUCUGGCCAUACAUCCUGUUCUUCUCGUGGCCCAUCCUUGUGACGCCGAUCCUCAACAUAGUGCUCCCCAAGUCGUGGUUGCCCAAGGUUCUGGACUAUGGCUUCUCGGAAAAGCAAAGGAAGCUCCCUAAGUUCUGGACGGCGCUCGUGGUCAUCCCGGUGAUGCUGGCAGUCGUACACUUCAACACGAUCGUCCAUCCGUUCACACUAGCUGACAACCGCCAUUAUGUUUUCUAUGUUUUUCGUCUUCUCUUGCGGACUCACCCUGCCGUCAGAUAUGCGGCCACUGUCGUCUACUUUAUUUGCGGCUGGGCUGCCAUUUCCGCAUUUGGAUUCUCGAUUAUCCCAUCCGCUCCCCAGCUGAUUUCGGUCCCGCCAUCUGCUCCUCAAUCCCCGACGAAGAAAGUACCCAAGGAAACAGGGCCGAAGCAGAAGCCGGACCGCAAAUUGAAGACUACCAAGAAGACGGCCCCUGUGUCCUCGAAGCCCCAGCCGCAGCCGAUCAGUCCCGAGGCGUACGCUAAGAUCCAAGAACAUAUUCUCCGACGACAAAAGCAACAGCAGAACGCGCCGCGGGUGAGCUUCGUUCUCGUUUGGCUUGCAGCCACGGCCCUAUCUCUCGUCACGGCGCCUUUGGUCGAGCCGCGAUACCUGAUUAUUCCCUGGGUGAUGUGGCGGUUGCAUGUGCCGCCACAGGUGAAGCUGCUGAAAUACCGUCAGAAGCGCCCGCGUGAUGCGAAGGAGGUGCUUUCUGAGGAGAUUGCCACGAAUUUCCCCUUGUUCUUGGAAACGAUCUGGUUCCUGCUCAUCAAUGGCGUGAUGGGAUAUAUGUUCCUUUACCAAGGGUUUGAGUGGCCCCAGGAACCGGGCAAGGUCCAGCGGUUUAUGUGGUAG